AUGGACUAAAAGGAAGGGUAGUACUUAGACACGUUGCUGUAAAAGGAACACAAAGCUUUUCAUUAAUUGGCAGUCGCUUCAUAUAUUAGCCAGCCACAGCCAGUGAUAGGCGGGGAGAAGCCGUAGGGGCAAGAGGCGGAGUUCGUGCUUUUCUUUCAGUACCAUGGACAGCAGCUCGCAUUCACUGCAGACGAAAGGAUUGUCGGAGAAAAAUGCUUGAAGACGGGGAAAUGCUACCAUGCAGCGUGAAAAAUGAAAAUGCUCUCAUUUUGUAAAAUAGUUUUCUGGUUCGCAUUUUUAUAAGACGAGUGGGAAUAGGUAUUUGGAAGAGGCAGCGAUUACUGAUGUUAAGAACCUGUUUUUUUCUGUCAUAACAUUAAGGAUCAAAUUGAAGAAACAUUCAGAACAUUUCUGCUAUUAUUUCAUGGUUUAUUGAUCUGGUUAUCAAAUCAGCAAACCUUCAACACUGUCUUUGAUACCACCUAAAUAUUCCGUUGCUGAUGAAUAAAUAUUUUCUCUAAUUUUCCAAUGCUUUUAAGGGGAUUCAUUUUCUUGCCUGUGAACAUGAAGUUUCAUGGUGUAAUUUAAUACCGUAUGAAAUUUUAAUGUAUUAAUAAGUCUUGGCAACAAUUUUGAUGCUUGUUGUCUAGAAAGCUGGCGAGUGCGGAAAAUGAGCUGUUUCAUGGACAUUAUGUUAGAUAAAGAUGUGAUCCCUCUACGACUUUUUUAAUUGUACUUAAAAUUAGGGGAAGGGACUGCGCCGAUAAUUCCCGGAAGAGUUUAUUUACUCAUCGGAAUUCUUAUAAAUGUAAUUCUACUUUACCGGAAAACGAAUUUUAUUUUUGGAAAUGAAGAAGUUCAAUUUUCGAAAGGUGUUAGAUGGUUUGACUGCCUCUUCCCCAGUUAGUACCGGGCCUCCCCUGUGCCCGAGUGGUACAGCUGGAGUUCCCACGGCGGUGACGACCCCCAGGGAAAUGGAAGUACAUGAAACCCUCACUUCUGAAAACUUUCAGAUCUGCAAGACGGUGCGCCAUGGCUUUCCAUACCAACCCACUGCAUUGGCUUUUGACCCUGUACAAAAAAUCCUGGCCAUCGGGACAAGAACAGGAGGCGUCCGAAUAUUGGGCAGACCUGGUGUCGACUGCUUCUGCCAGCAUGAAGGCGGGGCAGCUGUGUUACAGCUCCAGUUUCUCAUCAACGAGGGAGCUCUUGUUACUGCCUGUGCUGAUGACACUCUGCACCUCUGGAACCUUCGACAAAAGCGUCCAGCCGUCCUCCAUUCACUCAAAUUCAACAGAGAGCGAAUCACCUUCUGCCAUCUCCCAUUCCAGAGUAAGUGGCUAUAUGUGGGCACAGAACGAGGAAACACACACAUAGUGAACGUGGAAUCAUUCAUCCUCUCUGGAUAUGUCAUCAUGUGGAACAAGGCAAUAGAACUAUCAACCAAAACACAUCCUGGCCCUGUUGUGCAUUUAAGUGACAGCCCAAAGGAUGAAGGAAAGUUGCUGAUUGGUUUUGAAAGCGGAACAGUGGUGCUUUGGGACCUCAGAGUUAAAAAAGCAGACUUCCGAAUAUACUACGAUGAGGCCAUCCACUCAGUCAGCUGGCAUCACGAAGGCAAACAGUUCAUGUGCAGUCAUUCAGAUGGCAGCCUGACCACGUGGAGCCUGAAAAACACCACCAAGCCCAUCCAAAUCACAUUUCCACAUGGGAAAAAUCCGCGAGAUGGGAAAAAACCAGAGCCUUGCAAGCCUAUCCUGAAAGUGGAGUACAAGACAUCAAAAAGCAGUGAGCCAUUUAUAAUCUUCUCUGGAGGUCUGUCGUAUGAUAAAGCAUGUAGAAGACCCAGCCUGACAAUCAUGCACAGCAAAUCGAUAACAGUGCUGGAGAUGGAUCAUCCUAUUGUGGAAUUCUUAACCCUUUGUGAGACUCCUUAUCCUAAUGAGUUCCAGGAACCCUAUGCUGUAGCUGUGCUGCUUGAAAAGGACUUCAUUGUUGUGGACUUGACACAAAGCACCUUUCCUAUAUUUGAAAACCCAUACCCAAUGGAUAUUCAUGAAUCUCCAGUUACCUGUACUGCAUACUUCGCAGAUUGCCCUCCUGAUCUGAUCCCUGUUCUAUAUUCAAUUGGUGCCAAACACAAAAAGCAAGGCUACAGCAAUAAGCAGGAAUGGCCUGUAAAUGGAGGGACAUGGAACCUGGGUACACAAACAUACCCUGAAAUCAUCAUCACGGGGCAUGCAGACGGCUCAGUCAAGUUCUGGGAUGCAUCUGCCAUCACCCUUCAGAUGCUCUACAAGCUGAAGACCUCGAAGGUAUUUGAGAAGCAGAAGACCACCGAGGGGAAGCAGGCAGCAGAGAUUGUGGAGGAGGACCCCUCUGCUAUUCAGAUGAUCAGCUGGUGCCCGGAGAGCAGGAUCUUCUGCGUGGCUGGCAUCUCUGCCCAUGUGAUCGUCUACAGGUUCAGCAAACAUGAGGCCACUACUGAAAUAGCGUCACUGGAAGUGCGUCUGCAAUACGAAGUGGAGGAUUUAAUUUCUCCAGAAGCAGAGACCAACACUAAUUUCCCAGAACAGAGCUCCCAGUCUCCUUCUAUUAAAACCCAGCCUCUUCCAGGAAGCCCAGGGACAGUUACUCCAGAGGGAAUAAAAGAUAACAUUCCAUGUUUGAAGGUGAAGACGCGACCAGUGAGGAUGCCUCCUGGUUACCAAGCUGAGCUGGUGAUACAACUUGUGUGGGUGGAUGGAGAACCUCCUCAACAAAUAACAAGUCUAGAUAUCAACUCAGCCUAUGGGUUGGUGGCUUUUGGAAAUUGCAAUGGCCUUGCAGUGGUUGAUUUCAUUCAGAAGACAGUUCUUCUCAGCAUGGGGACCCUUGACCUUUAUGGCUCCAGUGACCCAUACCAGCGGCUGAUCCGCUCCCCGCGAAAGAGCAAGCAGUUCGCAGCAGACCACCCUUGCAUGCGCGGCCUGUCUAACUUUUAUUCAGAUUCAAAGAAACGGAUCCGUACAUCUUACCAAAGUCUAACAGAGCUGUCAGACAACCCUGUAGCCCCAGAGCUGGAGCGCUGCAAAUCCCCCACCUCAGUUCCUUAUCCAACCACACUUCACAAUGAUCCCCGCACCUUACCUGACACCCCAGCAAAUCUGAAAGCCAGUCACUACAGCCCAGUGUUUUACUUGCUGGACAAUGUUAAGGGAUCCAGAAAGUUAAGUCUGCCAACAGAUCUUAAGACUGAUCUUGAUCAUGUCAAUGGACAUUGCACUAGCCCCACCUCGCAGCCCUGUGCCACUGGGAAGCGCGUCUCCAGCGCCGAAGGCACUAAGCACAAUCGGCGAGGCCCCGGCCGGCCGCCCUUCAGAAAGGCCCAGUCUGCCGCUUGCAUGGAGAUCUCCUUGCCCGUCUCCCACACAGAAGGUUACGCUUCCAGACGGGCAAUGCUUCAGCAAUUGCACGGAGUGAGUAUUUACUCGCAUGACGAACACCACGCUGCAAGUUACUCAUGGAGUGAGAGAGAAAGCCGGGAAAAUUCUUUCAGCCGGUCCCGCAGUUCCAGUGUGUCCAGCAUCGAUAGAGAGACGAAGGAGGCUAUCACCGCGCUGUACUUCAGCGAGUCGUACAGCAGGAAGAAUGAUGGCACCCUCUCGCCCUGCCUUUGGGUCGGCACGAGCUUAGGGGUGGUGCUGGUCAUCUCUUUGAGCUUGCCUGCCGCCGAAGACCAGCGGCAGACAGAGCCUAUCAUGGUGUCACCAAGUGGCACAGUUCUGAUGCUGAAAGGUUCCGUGCUGACCUUCUCUAGCCUGGACUGCUCUGGCAAUCUGAUCCAUCCCCCGUACGAGGUGUGGAGGGACCCUCACAGUGCUGACGAGCACGACAAACCUCGCAAGCGGAAGCUUGUCAACUUCUCCCCAUCGUCUUCUCAGGACUCAGGAGAUUACCAGUAUGCAGUAAUCUGUUCCGAAAAACAGGCCAAAGUCUUUUCACUGCCUUCCCAAACCUGCCUUUACGCGCACAGCAUCACCGAGGCUUCGUUCGUGCUCAGGGCUGACGUCGUUACGCUCUGUAAUAGCGUCUGCCUGGCUUGCUUCUGUGCCAAUGGACAUAUCAUGACUCUCAGCUUGCCAAGCCUCAGGCCUAUGCUGGAUGUCAACUACCUGCCUCUGACAGAUAUGAGGAUUGCACGAACUUUCUGCUUCACCAACGGUGGGCAGGCUCUUUACCUGAGCUCCGCUACAGAGAUCCAGCGCAUCACCUACAGCCAGGAGAUGUGUGACAACCUACAGGAGAUGUUGGGGGAGCUAUUCACUCCAGUGGAAACUCCAGAAGCCCAGAACAGGGGAUUCCUGAAAGGUUUCUUUGGAGGAAGUGGACAGACAUUCGACAGGGAAGAGCUGUUCGGAGAGGCAGCUGCAGGAAAGGCCUCCCGGAGCCUGGCCCAGCACAUCCCGGGCCCGGGUGGCAUGGAAGGAAUGAAGGCAGCCGCCGGGGGCGUGGUGGGAGACCUGGCCAGGGCUCGGAUCGCGCUGGACGAGAGAGGACAGCGCCUGGGAGAGCUGGAGGACCGCACGGCAGGCAUGAUGGCCAGCGCUGAAUCAUUCUCCAAGCACGCACACGAGCUGAUGCUGAAAUGUAAGGACAAGAAGUGGUAUCAGUUUUAAUCUGACCAGGGAGCCUUUGCACCUUCACUGAAGCAGACCUGCUGGGGAAAUGAUCCUUUGCCCCAUCCGAGAGAAGACUGGCUGUGUGUUUGUGCCUCCCCAGCAAUCAAUUCUUCAGGGUUACAUUUGUAGGAAAAUGCCAAUGGUGAUCUAGCAGAUAGAUGACAGGUCUUUGAUGUUUUGGACAUCAUAUAACCACACAUGGGGCUGGUCCAAGACAGCUUCCCCUGUUUUAUCUUUCCAUCGAUUUAUUAUCCAUUAAUGUUAUAGAAUACAGCUCUAAUUUUUGCUCUACAGGACAGGGGAUUCUGAUUGGAAUAGUAUACUGUAUAAAUGUGUGUAUGUAUAUACAGUACAUGUACAUAUACGUACAUACAUGUGAUGUAUACACAUUGCUACUGUAUGUGGCUACUAUAAGUUAAGAAAUAAACUGGUUUGCAUGAAAAAUAAAAUAAUAAAAACCCAUAAAACUGCCAUAAUAAAAACGCAUGUUACUCAGUUUUACUUUAUAGAGUAAGCCAUUUAAUUAAAAAGAACUUUCUAUUUUUUGAAAUGGUUAAAAAAAGAUAAAAUUUAAACCUGCAUUUCUUGAAAAGUCAACUUUAUGUGGGUUCUAUUUGUUGAUAUUUUGGUCCUUUCUUUAUUUGCAUUUGCGAUUUUGUCCAACAUGCAGUGCAGCUGUAAAAACAAAGACUUUUUGCAAAAUAAAACAGCAGUAAUUAUAGUGUUUUAUUUUUACCAUUUUUGUUAUCUCUAGCCAGUUCAACAACACCCAAUGUGCAGGAACAAACAGGAAAUCCACAAGCCUAAGUAUAAUUAGAAAACUUACAGUUAAUGUUUUAUGUUUGACAUACAUCUGUGGUUUCUGAUCAUCAACUUGCUUUAAAGCUUCACCAUUUGAUCAUUUUAAUUUUUAUUUGGAAGGGGAGGGAUAUUUUCCAUUAAAAUGACUUUGGAAAUUCUUUGAGACCCAGCUUCUCCAAACAAUAAUGAAAAUAAAAAAAAUAAACUUCGAUCCUGCCAUUAUCUAUCUGUCCACAAAACUGAGGUGGUGAGGGUCAGAGGGACAAAGUGUCAGAUAUUUCUUAUUUCACCCUUCACCAUAACUGAGAAGGUGGAAACAAUAAGGAAAUACAGUAGGAACAGCACAUUAUUUAUGUUGUCAAAACAUACGUUUAGUACCUUUAGGAAUCUAUAGGUGGUAGCUUUAAUUGCAGUGUCACCUUACAGUUGUCAUUUUCUUCAGUUUUUAAAUGCUUCUGCUGCCUUUUUCGAACACACUGAGUGAGUUGACAUGGUCUGUGCCACUGCGCACAGCAAACCUUUCCGGCCAAAGCCUUGGACAUGAAAGAACCUCUAAAGGCAAGCAUUGUUAAAUGUCUCUGUGAGUUGUGUGCUCACUCUUUAAGUCACAGAGGUGGUAUCUUUCUUUCUUGAGAUGUUUACUUUCGUAAUUGAUUCACUCCUUCCAUUAUGAACUUAGAAAUGUAUUAACUUGUUUUGCCAGAUGUUUUGUGAAUUGUUCAUCAUCAUGUGAACCCCCGGUACCACUUCAAGACCAUACAUAAGCAAUUUUAAUGUGUGGUUCUCUUAAUGAUUUCUGAUGUUAUGAGUGGAGGUGAUCAGUAGAAAUCCACCAUUUUAGCUGCAUAUGUGUAAAUGGAAGAUACAAUGCUACUUGAUUUUAUAGUUCACAUCAUUGUACAAAACUGAUGUUACUCCUCAAUUUAUUUUACAUUAUGUAUAACAUAAAUUUGCUUUUGGGUUCUUCUGUGAUGAUGGCAGCCUUUUUUUCUGUAGUUUCUAGCGAUAACCUUCAAGCUGUAUAUGGUUGUAUAUAGAAUAUUCUAUAAAUGUAAUGUAUAUGUUGUAUAAGUCUGUUAGUGCAUAACGUCAGCGCUUUUUCUCCAGAUGGGGUGUAAUGUGGAUAAAGAUCACAUUAGAACUAUUUAAUGUUUAAAAAACAUCAAAAGCCUUGAUGGUUUAGAAUAUGUGGAUGAACUAGAGAGCGUUUCUUUUUUCAAGGUCUACCUAUUACUUUGGAGACUUUAUUAAGAAUAAGGCCAAAAACAGCUAUCAAAAAUCAAAUCUCUUAUCUAAGAUGUAACAUUUGCCAAUGGUUCAAUCAAUGAUUUUUGAGUUACAGGAAAUACAUUUAUGGAAUGAAAUAGUCAUACCUGUCUUGUUUGGCAGUAUAUCUGGCUGCUGUUAGAUGCUAUCCGUGUCUUAACAGUGUGAGUGAUAUACUGUACAGUAUCUGCAAGAACAGUCAUUUCUUUAAUUUCAUUCUCAAACCGAAAUUCUGGGCCAGUGUUUACAUUUUUGUAAGAAUAAGUGACUAUUUUCUAAUGUGAUAUCACACAAUAUUUGUAAAAUGUAUAGAUUUUAUUUUUGAUAGUUUGCAAGCCAUGCCUUUGUAGUCCUUUAAUAAAGAAAACGACUCUCUGCAGUGUUCUAAAUGAGAUUUGUGUCAAACAUAUCAGUGCAACUAGCUUUAAUGACUGAAAAAGAAAUAAUGUUAACAGGGUGUUCUGUUGUUAUGUCUUCAGUUUUUAUAAAAUAUUUUACUGGAAAAAAAAUCUAAGAUAUAACUGUUGUACCUGUUUCUUGAUGGUACAUGAUAUUCUGGAUCUACGUCAUUGAAACUGUGGAUGACAUUACUGUAGUUUUUCUGUUGUUUUACCAUUACCUAUACUUUCAAAUGGCAGCAAGGUUUGUCUUGUUUAAAUUGGAUCCUACCACCUUCUGUUCUGAUUGAUAUUCUAGUAGUGUAUUAGAGGUUAAACCAAAACUAUGUGCUAGAAACAAAGGCAAAUUCAAAAUAAACAUUGGAAAUGAUUGAUGUACAUACA